AUGGCAGGAUUCAACUUCAAGAAGUUAACAAGAGAUAAGAACAAGUCCUCCAAAAAUAAAGGCACUGGAGGCAAUGCGUCGAAAGAAUCUUCUAACGCUGUAAAGAGCGCUUCUAGUUUUAUGCAUUUCAAUUUGGGCCAUCACGACAACUCAGAUGAGGAUCUCAACAGCUCCCCACAACAGAGUCAGGGCUCCUCUUCGGCGUCGAGGCAGGCUUCGUACGGCCCAGAUACAACUUUUUCUUCAGGGCAGCAGCGACAAAGACAGUACAUUUCUGCUCAGCCUCGGAUUUAUCCAACACCGGUACCUGCAGACCAGAGGAGCGUUUCUGGAGCGACCCAGCUUAUGCAGUUUCAACAGCAGGAGCGCGAACAACAAGCUCGUGAACAUCAGGAGCGGCAACAGCAACAGGAACGCCAACGGCAGCUGGAAAGUGAGCACAGGUUGCGCGAACAACAAUUACAGAGCGUUCAACACGAACAACAAUUGCCAAACGUCCAGCAGGAACAAACCAUAAGAACACCAGUGCCACCAGAGCCCAACGUGUUUAGCCCAAGCCCGGAACUUGUUCCAAAGGGUAACGUCGUGUGGAAUAGAAUAAAAUUGAAGGAUUCCCCCUUUCCUCGUUAUAGACAUGUGACCUCAUCCUACGCUACGGAAGACGACAGGGUUUUCGUGAUUGGGGGACUGCACGACCAAUCUGUGUUUGGUGACGUUUGGAUCAUCAAAUCGUUGGAAAAUGGGACAAAAUUCACUUCGACUACUAUCGAUAUUACUGAAAACACACCUCCACCAAGAGUCGGACAUGCUGCGACACUGUGUGGGAAUGCGUUUGUUGUCUUUGGGGGUGACACGCACAAAGUUAACAAAGACGGUUUAAUGGACGAUGACCUGUAUCUGUUCAAUAUCAACUCGUAUAAAUGGACCAUUCCCAAUCCAAUUGGUCCAAGACCUCUUGGGAGAUAUGGCCACAAAGUGUCUAUUAUCGCGACUACUCCCAUGAAGACAAAAUUAUAUCUGUUUGGUGGUCAGUUUGACGACACAUAUUUCAAUAAUCUGGCAGUGUUUGAUCUUUCUCAGUUUAGAAGACCCGAUUCCCAUUGGGAGUUUUUGAAACCAAAGAGUUUUAUGCCACCCCCAUUAACAAACCACACUAUGGUCUCGUACCAAAAUAAACUUUGGAUAUUCGGUGGUGAUACACUUCAGGGUCUGAUAAAUAAAAUAUUCAUGUACGACCCGGAGGUAAACGACUGGACCGUGGUAGAGACUUUCCCAGCCAACAAUGACCAAGAGAAUUUCCCACCACCAAUGCAGGAACAUGCCUCCGUGAUGUACGGUGACUUGAUGGUGGUGAUGGGGGGUAAAGAUGAACAGGAUAAUUAUCUGAACACAGUCUACUUUUUGAAGAUUAAUACACUUGAAUGGUACAAGUUACCGUUUUUGUCCGUGGGGAUACCCCAGGGCCGGUCUGGUCACUCUAUCACGCUUUUGAAGGGUAACAAAUUGCUGAUUAUGGGAGGUGAUAAAUUUGACUACGCUAGACCUGAAGAACACGGUUUACACACAACAGAUACCGAUAUGGGCAGUGGUACGAUACUCUACACUUUGGAUCUAUCUAACUUGGAACAGUUGUGCCCGGGUAUAUCAGACAAAACUGUUGAGGGCUUGCUGGAAAAUCCCUAUCCAAACAGCGGUUUCACCCCGAACGAUACUUCUAUUACCCAGAAUUCUGACAACGCUACUGUACCUCCUUCAAAGGAAGAGGUACACACAGUUCCGGAAAUAUCUGCUCACAAUAUCUUGACGCCUUAUGGACAAAAGAUAGCAGAAACCACCCCAACUUUGCCUAACACUGAUGGUACCUUUAACAAACUGGUGGCACCUGUCGAGGAGUCCAAGUUGGAUUCCAUUCAGGAGAAAGAUGUCCCUGUGAAUACAGCAACUUUGGGUCCUUUCCCUACCGUGAUGGCUGCUCAAAACUUGCCGGCAACUCCGGUGCAAGAAACUUACAUGACACCUGAGGUUACUAGAACUGAUUCAAUACGAACUCCUAAUGUUGCAGCUGCAUCUAAUAUUGAGUCAAAGAAGGAAGUCUCCACACCACUCCAUGGGGGGACAGGUGAGCAUGCGGACCAUCCUGAGGUAGAAGUUGGAAUUCCAACUAUAGAGGUUGUCAAUUCUAGUGUUCAAGCGAAGUCGACUCCGUCGAGUGUCCCUCCUGAGAAGGAAACGGAUGAGCAGAAAAGAGCGGUCACCGAAGAGGUUACAGACGUGUUACCAGAAACCCAUUCUACUAUGGGCUCAACGGGAUCCAUUAAUGAUAAGGAUCAAACCCCUUCUGUGGCUAAUCCAUCCCACGUAAGUGGUGUAUUGCCUGGUAUUGUAAAUGAUGAGACCGAAGAACGUGGCAAGUUGGAGGCAACCUCCCUCUCGAAGGAGAGUACCCCAGUCGUACAUGAGCAGACCGAUUCUACAAAAGUAUUGGUUGGCAAAGAAGUUCUCAAGUCAUUGCGUGAUGAAUUGCUGGACUUGAAACAAAUGGCGAAUGACAAAGCUGUUGAGGCUAGUGAUCGUAUACGGACUCUAGAAUUGGAGAAUAAAAAAGUCACUGCGUUGCGAAACCAGGGAGUUCAGUUAGAGAGGGAAAACGAGAAAUUGAGGAAAGUUAUUGACGAUUUACAGGACCGUUCUAAUGAGAAGAUACUGACUUUUGAGAUAUUGAACACAAUUAUCAGGCAACAAAAUCAAACUAUCGAUAAAAUGAUGGUGUACGAGAAGAGUGCUGAAAAGUACAAUGAAUUGAAGGGUAAAUACAAUCGCAUGAAGGAAUCUCUCUCCCAAGCUGAGAGUAAGUUGAAGGGAUACGAUACGGAAUUCACGUCAAGCGUCAAACAGUAUUCUAACGAUAUUGAACACUAUUUACGACAAUGGAAAGAGAAAACGGGUGAACAGCCUACAGAUCUGUCAAGCGGCGGAAUUACUGACGACGGAUCCGUGACCACGUUUACUAGCAGUUCCCCGCGUCAUCAUACGAAGGUCACAAAACUGUCUAACCACUUGGAUGAGUUGGUUUUGAAAGCACAAGAUCUGAGGCAGUCCAGAGGUAGACUGGACGCCGAGUACAAGGAGCUCGAGAUGAGGCAGAGGUCCUUGAGUCAAGACAUGUUGUCCAACUCACAAGGUGAAGAUGAAGACGGCGAUAAUGAGAGUGCUGCUCGGAAAUUAGAGUUGGCACAACAGGAACUGGAACGAUACAAGCAGAUGGACAAAAAUUUAGAGGGAAGUAACGGAGGUGAAGGUACUGGUCUUCUUUAG